UCGAACAAGGAGGAGAGGAUUAAAGAACAUCCCUCAGUUGGAAUGAUGCAGUCGAGGGGGGCAGCAGCGGAAGGGACGGCGGGGAGGAGCUGAGGAGGCUGCAGGCAGGCAGGCAGGCGCAGCGAGCGGCAGAGCGCAGCUUCUUCGCGCGGCGGAGGCACCGAGGGAGGCGCGUGGUAGCCAUGCUUCUCCCCUCCUCGUCGUCUCCUUCCUACGGCUCCAAAGGUGACUCCUUCAGGAAAACUGUUGAUGGUCUUAUGAGGUCAACUUUAACUUUUGAUAAUAAUAAUUCUGUACUGCCAGGUCAAAACAUUGAUUACGGUCAGCCAAUGUCUUGCAUUUCAUACCCAUACAAUGAUUCUGGUUCAGGAGUUUGGGCAUCCUACAAGUCACGCUCAGUGUUCCAUCCUCAAAUUGUGGGAGGAGGCACAUCGACAAGAGUUCCUUUGCCCUCCCUGGAGAUAGCAGAUGAUGAACCCAUAUAUGUCAAUCCCAAACAAUAUCAUGGAAUUCUUCGCAGAAGACAGCUGCGUGCUAAGCUAGAGGCCCAGAAUAAGCUUGUCAAAACCCGAAAGCCGUACCUUCAUGAAUCUCGGCAUCGACAUGCAAUGAAAAGGGCAAGAGGCUCUGGUGGGCGAUUUCUCAAUACUAAGCAGCUCGAGCAACAGCAGCAGUCUCACACUACAUCGACCAAGGCCACCACAGACAGCCAAAAUUCUUCAGGUUCAACCCAUCUACGUCUUGGUGGUGGUGGUGCAAUCGGAGAUCAAACUUCGCUACCGUUCAAAGCAGUGGAUUCACAAGAUAAGAUCAAGAGAGUGGCAGCCUCUGCUUCCACCUUCACUGUGACUUCUGCGGUGCACAAUGACGACGCCUUCUUCGACCGCCAUGGCCACCAUCUCAGUAGCUUCUCCGGCCAUUUUGGUCAGUCAGGUGCACAAGGUGGCGUCGGCAGCAGGCAUAACGGGACACAGCAUAGGGUUUCUGCUAUGAGAUGAGCAGCGUUUGCGAAUCAUCAAAUAUGGUGUGGUCUUGAUCCCCUGCUUUAGGCAAUUCAUCCUUGGCUUAAGUUUCAUGGUUUGUUUAGGACUUCAGAGAUGCUUUCAUAGUUCUGUGCCUUUUGCAGCCCAAUAAGUGUGGGCUUAAUUGUGAUGUGAUAUAUUAAAGUAUCGGUCUGAUGGAUUCGCCCUUGUUUCAAUAAACACUUCCCUGUUAGUUGUACA